AAACUGUGACUGGCACAUAAUAAGAGCAUAAAAAGAAACCCAAACCAAAGAAACUUGCAGUUUUCUAAGGUUUUUUGCUUCUCCCUGGGGAUUUCUGGUUGGCAGGACUUCCAGCGUUAUCUGACCUUUAAUAACGCUGCAAGUCAUUUUGGUUUUGUCACUGGAACAAAAUGGGUGUGGCUAAUGGGGCCGAGGGGAGGAGAGGAGUUGGGAAGGCUGAAGUGACUGAAAGCCACCCCAGUGAGCAGGACACUACCCAGCAGUGAAAACACCCAAGGAUCCCUCCGUCUCCUCUACCUCCAGAAGCAAGAAAACUUCGGGAUGGACACGGCAGGAAAAGUCAUCCGGUGCCGAGCGGCCGUGCUGUGGGAGGUGGGGAAACCCUUGUCCCUGGAGGAGGUGGAGGUGGCCCCUCCCAAGGCCGGAGAGGUCCGCAUCAAGAUCUUGGCUACGGGAAUCUGUCAUUCCGAUGAGCACAUGAUACAAGGGAUGCUGGUGUCUUCGAUCCCCUCCAUCAUUGGCCACGAAGGAAUCGGGGUCGUGGAAAGCGUGGGAGAAGGGGUGAGCUGUGUGAAACCAGGAGAUAAGGUGAUCCCACUCUUUAUGCCCCAGUGUGGAAAAUGCAAGUCCUGCUUAAACCCCAACUGUAACGUCUGCGACAACUCAAGGAACUUCAGCCAGGGGUUGAUGGUGGACGGCACGACCCGAUUCACUUGCAGAGGGAGGCAAAUUCACCACUUCUGCAACACGAGCACCUUCGCCGAGUACACGGUGGUAAACGAAGCUUCGGUCGUCAAGGUGGACGCUGGGGCCCCCGUGGAGAGGUCCUGUCUCAUCGGCUGUGGGUUUUCCACCGGUUUUGGAGCUGCUAUCAACUCUGCCGAGGUGUCCCCGGGUUCCACCUGCGUGGUCUUCGGUCUGGGAGGGGUCGGCCUUUCUGUCGUCAUCGGCUGCAAAGUGGCCGGGGCCGCCCGGAUCAUCGGGGUGGACAUCAACAAAAACAAAUUCGCCAUCGCAAAGUCUCUGGGCGCCACCGAGUGCGUCUGCCCGCAGGAUUUCGAAAAGCCGAUCCACGAGGUGUUGAUCGAGAUGACCGCUAAUGGCGUGGAUUUCUCUUUCGAAGUCAUCGGGCGACUGGAUACCAUGAUAUCAGCCCUGAUGACCUCUAACCCCUCUUACGGAAUCAGCGUGUUGGUUGGACUGCCCCCUCCCCAACAAGAACUCGCCUUCCACCCCAUGCUGCUCCUCAGUGGACGGACGUGGAAAGGGUGUCUGUUUGGAGGCUGGAAGAGCAAAGAUUCUGUCCCUAAGCUAGUGUCCCGUCUCAUGAAGAAGGAAUUCAAUGUGGAACCGUUGAUAACCCACAGGCUCCGUUUCGAUCAGAUCAACGAAGGCUUCGAGCUGCUGCGGGAGGGAAAGAGCAUCCGCAGUAUCCUGUUAUUCUGAGGCCCCAUCUGAGCCCAGACUCCUGACUGGGCGGUUGAUGUCAGCCUCGUCUCCCAGCAGUCCUCAGAAACCAAUUUCGGGAAACGGUCUCUCCGUGUUCCUGCUCAAACCACCCAGUGGAUCCGGAGUUGGGUGGGAAGAUGAUUUAUGAAGAAAUUAUUCCAAACCGCAAGGCAAGGGGUGGCGGAGAAGAGAGUGAUCAUUCCAAAGCCUGAAUAUCUCAGCCCUUCCACUUCUGUAAAGUCACAGCUAUCUGGACCCGAGAACAAAGUGUAAGAAUAAAGUCUUUGGGCAUCUCUGAAUAACAA